AUGAAGUUCAUCUACGCCGCCCUCCUUGCCGCCGUGACCGCCACGGCCAGCGCGCUCCCAGAACGCCUGGAGGCCCGUGUUUGCGGUAGCCCCAUGUGCAGCAACUAUGUUGCGCUGGGUCCUGCCGACUGCCCGCUCGAUUGCAUGUGGGGAGACUGCACCAAGUACCAAUGCAUAACCGAGGGCUACGAUGUCAUCUGUGGAAAGAACGGAGACAGCUGUGCUAAGGCCUAA